UAGAUUAAUGAAAAGUAUUGAUAAUAUUCAUAUCAUAUCAAUUAAUAUAUAUUAUUCUAGUGCUAUUGUUGAGUUAUAUAGUGAGUUUUCCGUUAUGAAGGAGAAGAUGGUAUUAUUUCCUUCUAUCCUGAUAUUGUUUGCUACGGCGAGAUGCGUUUUUCUACAAACACCAGAAGCACCACUAAAUUACCGAUUACAACCCAUUUACAGGCCGUACUUGUACAUUAUCGACUUGACAUUUCCACAAAAUGUUUUUACAGCCACUGAUAAUGCAUAUAAUGGAAAUGUUAGCAUAGAAUUCAGUGUCAUCAAUGAUAGUUCAAUAAUUGAACUUCAUGUGAACCGUCAGUAUCUAGAUAUACAAUCUGUAUUUCUCUCUUCAUUCGGCAAUGUCUCUGAAGCUAAUGUCACUGCAUCCACUUCGUUCAAUAACAUCACAGACAUCAUGACGAUACACCAAAACAUCACACAUGGAACGAACUAUACUUUGGAUAUAACAUUUAAAGGUAUGCUCAGUACAACCGACAUGCUAGGUUUCUAUAAGAGCAGUUACACAAACAGUACUGGUGCUGAAAAAUAUUUAGCUACUACUCAGUUCCAACCCACUAGCGCAAGAAGGGCAUUUCCAUGUUUCGAUGAACCUGCAUUCAAGGCACAAUUCGAUAUUACACUUAGGAUUCCUGAAGAUAUGACAGCUUUGUCAAAUUCUUUGAGGAGUACUACAUCACCACAAAUAGCAGUUGAAGGAUUACUAGAAGUAAAUUUUGAAAGAACACCUCGUAUGUCUACCUACCUGAUUGCUUUCGUUAUUUCCGAUUUCGAUUGUACAAACACACCGGCACAAAUCGACAAUGUUGCACACAGAAUUUGCUCAAGACAAGAGGCAAAUUCAACGAGGAACUGGGCAGAAGAAAUAGGACCACAAGUGCUGGCAAGCCUCAACAACUAUACGCAAAUCAAUUAUAACCAAUAUAUGUCUAAGCUGGAUCAAAUUGCUAUACCAGAUUUCUCGGCUGGAGCUAUGGAGAAUUGGGGAUUAGUUACAUACAGAGAAGAAAAUUUGUUAUGGGACCCUGAAGAUUCUUCCAACCUUCAAAAACAACGUAUAGCAACAGUUAUAGCACAUGAACUUGCCCAUCAAUGGUUCGGAAAUUUGGUGACCAUGGAAUGGUGGUCUGAAAUAUUCUUGAAUGAAGGAUUCGCUACCUUCUUCGAGUAUUUCUCUACCCACGAUGUUUUACCUCAGUGGGAACUCGAUAAACAAUUUGUAGUCAACGUUGUACAGGGUGCUUUGCGUUUUGAUGUACUGGAAAGUAUCGAGGCACUCCAAUCGAAGGUAUCAACAGCAAGUGAAGCAAGUGCAAAGUUCAACACGAUAUCUUACAGUAAAGGAGGAAGCAUCUUUCGUAUGGUUGAACAUGUUAUGGGUGCAUCAGAUUUUAGAUUAGGUCUCCAAGCAUAUCUCAAAACCCAUGAGUUUAAUAAUACAAUACCGGAAAAUUUGUGGACUAUUCUAAACGAACACAUCAACUCUACAUAUUCCAACAUAAAUGAAACCCUGGAUGUAGUAAUAGAUAAUUGGAUAAAAAAUCCGGGUUUUCCGCUGGUCACGGCAGCGCUUGAUGGAAACACAGUCACAUUAACGCAGUCUAGAUUUCUACUUUCUGGAAACGGUUCAGCCUCGGAAUGGUUUGUUCCUAUAAGCUACACUACUUCUUUGGAUGGAAACAAAUUCACUUCUACUUUACCAAGAGUGUGGCUCAGACCGAACAGUACUCCUGUGGAAAUAUCUCUUCCCGAAAAUUCGACCUGGAUAAUCCUUAAUAACCAAUUGACCGGAUUCUUCAGGGUGAAUUACGACAAAACCCUGUGGAGCAGAAUCGAUAUGGCUCUCCGAACUGAAAAUUUUGGAGACAUUCACGAACUCAAUAGAGCUCAAAUAAUCGAUGAUCUCUUCAAUUUGGCCAGAACGAAUCGAAUGAAAUAUUCGGAAGUCUUCAGAUUGAUCGAGUUCUUGAGCAAUGACACGUCCUACUUCAGCUGGACUCCAGCUUUCAACGGAUUCAAUUUCUUGUUGGAGAGAGUCGGACGAGAAUCCACUUUGGGCACAAGUAUUUCGAACCACCUUGUACCUUUAAUGACAAACUUGUACGAUUCUACUCCAAUCACGACACUAAACGAAACCGAUCAAAUUUACAGUUUGAAACAAGCCCUAGCUUAUUCUUGGGCAUGUCUUUUGAACAACCAAGCCUGUACACAACAUUCAAGGACACAAUAUACAGAAUACAGAGCUAAUGGAACCCGACCGAAUAAAAAUUUGCGGAGUACCGUCUACUGCACUGCCCUGAGACAUAGCAACGACAGUGGAGAUUGGGAAUUUUUGUGGAAUGAAUACUCGAAGGCUACUCUUGCCACCGAAAAAACAACUAUAUUGAAUGCUCUAGGAUGUUCUAUGAAUGUGACAUUGUUGGAAAGGUAUCUCAACAUGACGCUGAAUGACACUUCUGGAAUUCGAUCCCAAGAUCGAUACACCGUUUUCAUGUCAGUUCUCAGUAGAAAUACAUUGGGAAUUGAUGUAGCUGCUAGGUUUUUGAUAAACAAUCAUACCGAAAUUAUUGAAAAGUAUCAGAGCUUGAAUUCUGUAACAAAUAUGUUGACGAAUCUGGCGAAUAAGUUGACCACACAAGAGCAGAUUGAUAUGUUGAGAAAUUUGACAGCAAGUUCCAAUCUAGAAAACGAAUAUGUAACUGUAGCAAAUGCUAUCAUUACAACGGCAGAGGCCAAUUUGAGAUGGACGCAGCAAUUCGAAGAAGAUCUGAAUGAAUACUAUGAAAUAUCUACAACAACACCAACAACAAAAGCACCAACAACAACAUCAGGCCCAGUGACUACUACACCAGAUCCAAAUGGAGGAACAUCGAGAGUUAUACAAAAAAACAUGAUUGAGUUACUGGUUGUGAUAUCAGUUGUCAGCUGGUACUCCUUAUACUAACGCUAUUUAAAGCGUGAAACUUAAUGUUACUCAUUAAAGAUUAAAGUCAAGGAUUACACAGAAAUAUUCGCCA